UCUAUAUCUAAUUUCUCUAUCAACCAUUAUCCAAAACCAAAACUCUACAUCUCAGUUUCUCUCUACACCUCACAUAAUUAAUGGAUAAUACUAACCGUUUCCGUCGCGUACGCAGUUUUAGGCAAACAAAGUUCACUCGACAUGACUCCGAAGAAGUGAGUAGCAUCCAAUGGGAGUUUAUCAGGAUGACCGAACAAGAGGAAGAUCUCAUCUCUCGAAUGUACAGACUUGUCGGUGAUAGGGGGGAUUUAAUAGCAGGAAGAGUGGUCGGACGAAAGGCAAAUGAGAUAGAGAGGUUUUGGAUUAUGAGAAACUCUGACUAUUUUUCUCACUAAUUUUUCUACUUCACCUCCUUGAUAUCUUUUGCUAUGGACAAUAACAAAACCAAAUAAAAGCUUUUAAUGUAUAACAACAAAUCUAGAAUCUUUCUUGGGGGAUUUUCAAAAAUACCCUUUCUUCUAUA